UUAUUUUUAGUCCACGCGCAGCAGGACGCCACUUUAAACAGUUGGGACAGAAUGACUUCAGUGAGAGGAGUUAUUCUGGUGGUGAAAGUCGGUUCUGGUGGUUUCUGACCGAACCGGAGCGCUCACAUGAUUAAAUGUUGCGCUUCAUCCUGAGGCAGCAGCGCGCGCUACAGGAGCCGGACACGAGAGCAGGAGCGAUGCUUUUAUUUGGUUCCAGAUGGCUUGAAACGCGCCUCUGCGCCUGCGCCUGAUCAGUAGGUCGUGACAGAAAGCUCGUUUGGUGACCUUUACGCGCACACUUUGCGCCCGGACUGAAACUCAAGGUUCCGUCGGGGCUCGGGACGGCACCACCAUGACCCGCUGCCUGCUUGCUCUGGUCGGAGUGUGGUGGAGCGCGUACUGCUGCGCGUUCACGGCGGCUGGGAGCCACCUUACGCCGAACGGAGCACCUGAAGCGCACGCCGGGUUCGUGCACCGGCGGCUGCGGACGCACGAGAAGCGCGAGAUGCAGAAGGAGAUCCUGUCCAUCCUGGGGCUGCCGCACAGGCCGCGGCCGCACCUGUCCCACGGGAAGUUCAACUCCGCUCCGCUCUUCAUGCUGGACCUGUACAACACCAUGUCCGGGGAGGAGAAGGCGGACAGGCUGAGGUCCGCGCGCACGACCCAGAGCUCCCCUCUGGCGACGUUUCAGGAAACCGCCUUCUUGAAUGACGCGGACAUGGUGAUGAGCUUCGUUAAUUUAGUGGAGUUCGACAGGGAGCUCUCCCUGCAGCGCCGUCACCACAAGGAGUUUAAAUUCAACCUGUCCCAGAUCCCAGAGGGCGAGGCCGUCACCGCCGCCGAGUUUCGCCUCUACAAGGAGUGCGUGAGCGGGGCGUUCCGCAACGACACCUUCCUGCUCAAAGUCUACCAGGUGGUGAAGGAGCAUCCCGACAGAGAGGCGGAUCUGUUCCUGCUGGAGUCUCGCAGACUUUGGGCCACCGAGGAGGGCUGGUUGGAGUUCGACAUCACCGCGACCAGCAACCUGUGGGUGAUGAGUCCGGUCCACAACCUGGGUCUGCAGGUCGGCGUGGAGACCAGCAGCGGGCAGAGCAUCAGCUGUAAGGAGGCGGGGCUUAUAGGACGGGACGGCGCUCUGGAGAAGCAGCCUUUCAUGGUGGCGUUCUUUAAAAUCAGCGAGGUGCACAUCCGCUCCGCCCGCUCCACCGGCGGGAAACGUCGGCAGCAGAACCGCAACCGGUCCUCGCAACCCCGAGGGGCCUCCAGAGGUCUGGGCCCCGCAGAUUACAACAGCAGCGAUCAGAAGACGGCAUGCAGACGACACGAGCUGUACGUCAGCUUCAGAGAGCUGGGCUGGCAGGAUUGGAUCAUUGCUCCUGAAGGCUACGCAGCCAACUACUGCGAUGGAGAGUGUUCCUUCCCAUUGAACGCCCACAUGAACGCCACCAACCACGCCAUCGUGCAGACGCUGGUGCACCUGAUGAACCCUGAGAACGUACCGAAGCCGUGCUGCGCUCCGACCAAACUCCACGCCAUUUCAGUGCUCUACUUCGACGACAACUCCAACGUCAUCCUGAAGAAAUACAAGAACAUGGUGGUUCGCGCCUGUGGCUGCCACUGA